CAAGACUGUCUGCAGCUCUACGACCCCCCUCCCCCCUCACACGCAUGCAUGCACACAUGCACAUGCACAUGCACACACUUCACCCCUCUCUUUCUCUAUCUUAUUAUACCUUACUUUCUGGGUGUCGGCCCGUCCGUCUCUGCCGUCUUGGGUCUGACGAUGCCACAGUCUAUUGAGCGUCAGUUGGUACAGUUCCUCCUGAUAUGGACCCUGGUUCUCACCAUCAGCCAAGUUGCGUUCAUCACCUUCUACUUGACGACUGGAAAUCACGGUCAGUCUCAGAGAGAGAGGGACAUAACGCCACAACCCAGAGCACAAACCACAGACAGACCUGGUAAGCAGGACUCUGGGCUCGUCUUGGGCAAGAUGCUUACUGCUGAGGCCGCUCCAGGUAACACAAAAUAUAUCGAGUGGAAAAUGAAGAGUGAGGACGAAUCCCUGAUCUCCGUGGGAAAAAACAUGACUGUAAAACAGUACGGUUAUUACUUCCUGUGUCUUCUGGUGACAGUGCAGAAUCACAGCAGAGGGGAUCACAAGGUGAGCCUCAGCAAGAACGGCAAAGUCCUGCUACAGGGCACUACGUCCGGCAAAUACAGCACAGGCUUCCUGGGCAGGGUGGAAGAGCUAGCCGCCAGCGACACCCUAACGGUCACCAUCAACCCAGCGGCAGAGAUUGACACCACGUCCUCCGCAACAAACAUGGGCAUCAUUUUCCUGUCCAAGUCAUCUCCUGUGUAGAUGCGAAGAUGCUCACAUCUGAAUGUGUUUCUGCCAAAAGGACUGCCUCUAGACCAUUUAGUGAACCCAUCACCUAGCUCGAAGUGACAAUGGGGGAAUCAGGUUAGUUCAAGGCUUGCAGGAAAAAAAGCCUAACCUUAAUUAAGCCUAAAAUCCUAUCGAUAAGCAAAAAUAUACAGUGGAAAUUCUAAUUGUUUCAGUUCUCAUUGAUUUGUUGUUGUCUUCCGUGCACAGUUUAAAACAUUGUUUCAUGAGUUGUGAAAAAACAUUGUUUCAUGAGUUGUGAAACAGCAAUUCCUGACUGCCUCGAGCUGGUCCCACGCCGAAAGUACACGUGCAGGCUUCCGCUUCCCUUAUAG